AUGAGACUUGUGUUGGAAGCACGUUGUGACAAAUUGCUACAAUUAUUAAGAAUAUCGACCAAAAACUUGAUGUUGAUGUUAUCUGAUGAAAACUUUUCACAAUUUCCUGUUCUAAAAACAUUAAACUUCAACAACAUUGAAGUUGUUGUUGUUGGUCUCAUGAAAAGAAAAGCAACAAGCGAUGCUUAA